AUGUUGCAAGAAAAGAAGUCGGAAAGCAGGGAUAGUGAUGACAGUAGCAAAGAUCUAAGACCUUCCAAAUUGGAACCUAAAGGCUCUGAAUCUGUAAGUGAUGACAAGGAACUUUCAAUUAAACCCAAAACAAAAGACUCACCAAAAUCUCAGCAGAAGAUGAGAAUAAUAGACUAUAGUUCGGAUGAGCUAGAAGAAGACUCAAAUGACAGACAGUUUGAAGACAGAAUUAGAGAAACAUCUAUAUCUAGUAAACUUGCUGAGGAGACAAAGCAGGAGCAGAGAGACACAUCAUUAUGGGUUAGAAGAUACAGUUCAGAAGAAUCUGAUGAUGAAAGCAAUACAGGGCAUCAAAGGUUUUUAGACAGAGACAGUCUUCAACCAAAAUCUUUCUCCACAGAUCAGUUAAAACAGUCCCAACAAGAACCAACUUUAAGAAAACAAGACCCAAGUGUUAGAAAAGUUGAUGAUAAACUGCAGAUUGUAGAAGAAGGUAGGCUGGAUCUGCCUGAGAGUCAGAGAUCUGACACAGGAAUUCUUGCUCCCGUAGGCAGUGAGGGAAUCCUUGUGCAACAGAAGGUAAAAAGGCAGGCAGCUAUGCUAGUAGAGAGACCCAGUGAGCAAGAAAAGACAGCACUAAUAUCUGACCAGUUAGUGGAAAACGCUACAAGAAAUGACUCUGCAGAUAAUACAGACGUAGGAAUAGAUAGUCAGGAUAUACCACUGAGAAAGGAUAUCGAAAAAUCAGUGGAAGCAAUGAAGCCAGGGAAGGUAGGUGCUACUGGUGCAAAAACAGUUGAUGGCAAGAGAGAUAAUGGUAACGUACAAAGACUGGUAACAAGUACAGGGGAUGUUGAAGGACUAAGUCACCAAGAUAUGGCACAGAUUAGUCCCUCUAGAACUGUUGACCAAUGCUUCACCAUUACUGACACAACAAGCCUAGCUAGCCCCGUCUCCUCCCCACAAUCGGAAGAGCAACCACACCAUAUUCCACUCCACCCCCCACAAGCCAUUCCUUCAACACAAACCAGUAGGACAUCCCCGCAAGGCUCACCGUCACAAACGUCAGACGUAGAAAGACCUAAGGAACCAUGGUUAACUGACAACGUAGCUCCGUUGCAUGAACCGGAUGUUGCGACUGCCCCACUAGACUUGCAUGACGUUGAUGUGGAUGUAACAAUGCAUGGGGAUGAAGCACACGUAGUUGGAGACCACCGCGUUCGCAUGACCACUGCCCAAGACACACCCUAUGGACUGCUUCCACACACUGCUGAAGUGUUGGCUGCACCCCACCAGCAUGAGGGUACACGUAGUGGUGACUUCCAACAACCGCAUGCCCCUGCGAUUCCGUCUACUGAAGAUGAUAGCCAACCCAAAGACUUAAGCAUGCUGAGCAGAGAAGGGUUACCAGUUACCGUAGAGUCUCGUAGUGUGUGUGCCGAUGGCUCAACGGUUGCUGAACUUGAAGGCGCAACACUACCGGGAAUAAUUGUAGAGUCGGAUGGGAUUGUAAAGACGACGACGUGUGUAAGAGAAGAACCGCAGGCGAGCGCAGGAACGCGUGUUGUGCAGCAGGAUGGUAGUGGUACUGUUUUUCUGCAGCUGGAUGAUGAGGUGGCCCGGGCCAUGCAGGAGGAUGCCAAGCCUGCGGAAGUCAACGUAGCUGUGGGACAACGGGUGGAACUGAAGGCAGAGAUUCCAGGAAACCCCAGAAUACGAUGGCUGCACAAUGGUAUGGAGGUCAGUGACACCAAGUUUUCGAAGUACCUAACUACAGGGGACAUCCACAUCCUGGCUUUGUCCAAGGUUGGACCAGAACAUGCAGGUGUGUUCACCUGUGAGGCCACUACUGCAGAGGGUAUCGUGACCUGUGACAUCAUCAUCAAGGUGGAGGAACCCAAGGAACCUCCUGAGACACCCAAGACUCGAGUCAAGGAAGGGCACAGGGUCGAACUGAAGGCUGAAAUACCAGAUAGCAGAAGAAUAGAGUGGCUCCUAGAUGGCAGACUGAUCCGGGAGACUGAGGACCGUCGUUACACCUCCUUCGGUAACAUGCACAGCCUCACCAUCGUCAGUGUGAAACAAGAGGAUGCUGGGACAUACACAUGCGUCGCCAUGACCCCCAGGGGAGAGGUCACCUGUAAUAUUCAACUGGAGGUGGAGAAACCGUCCACACAUGAGGUCAUCAAGAUGGUUGAGCUGGACCAAUCCCUGCAGCCCCAGGACCUGAAGUUACCCGAGGAGCCCUGUACCCAGCCUACAACACUGGAUGUACUGGAGGGGCAGGAGGUCACACUCAGGGCAGAGGUGCCAGAUGACGCUGAUGUCAGAUGGCUCUUCAACGACAAGGAAAUCAGCAACACCGAAUCCAUCGUUGUGUCCGCAACCAAGCACACCUCCACUCUCACCAUUCGUAAGGUCCUGCGAGAGUUCGAGGGAACUUACACGUGCAUUGCCACCACCCCUCACGGUACCGGUCGUUGCCAGAUCAUCCUGCAUAUCAUUCCGUCCUCCCCACCCCACGCUACGAGCUCCAUCACGAGGAAACAGACCGUACGCACACAGGAGCUGACGUUCAGGGUGCCCAUGUUACUCAUGGAGAGGUCUACUGCCCCGGGUACUAUAGACAUACAGGAGGGGCAGGAACUCAACAUACGGGCAGAGAUACCAGGAAAGCCUGACAUCACUUGGCUGUUUAACGGUAAGGAACUGAAACCAUCCGACGAGGUACAGUUUGGUGUGGACAAAGAGGUCUACAUGCUGACUGUCACUAAAGUCACCCGCCAUUGGUCAGGCACCUUUACCUGCAUCGCAAAAACGCCCAGCGGAAAGACCGUGUGCGACAUUGUGGUCAACGUGAAGGAAUCUCCAGACAAACAUCUCGAGAUGGAGAAGACAAUGGAAACAGAAGGAGCAGAGGUGAAUGUCUGA